AUGAAUGAUUGUGAUGGCUGUGAGCGAGUGCAACAGUUGAUGGACCAAGCAAAGAAGAGAUUGGAUAUGAGCAGUCGUGCGAGGAGCAUACCCAUGGAAUUGCGUCCAUCAGUUGAGCAGGUCUUGAUGCUAAAGAUGAGGACAGGGUUGACACGCGAGAAGUUGGACUUCAUGCUCUACUUUUGGCGAUGUGACAUCAAACCAAGCCAGCUGAACAAGUUGAAGAAGUCUCUUGUUUCAGAUAUCCAGACAAAGAAUACACCUAAUGGUCAAUAUGUACCAUUGGAGACAUGUUUGAGACUUAUCAUUGAUCAUGAUGAACCUAAUCCAGAUUGUGUUAAUGUUGUCAAAGCUGCCAUUGAUGGAUGUGUGAUGACCAAGAACAGGAAGCGCAGCCAGGUGACAGGAGUGUAUCAGUUGAUCACUGGAAAGACUAUGUCUGUACUGUGUAGUCCUUUCGAUACUCACCAAUUCAUUGUGUUCCAAGGCAGUGAAACCAAUGAAUCACUCUGGGCUGAGCUGGAGAUGCUACGACAGGACCUUGACAGGUUUAAAAGUAAUGGCUGCAAGAUUCAAGAUGGUACUAUGCAGUGA